GUGUGUCAUGCAUACUGUUGCUUCUGCUGCUUUUGCUGAUCUGGGGGGGGGAAGCUGAGGGUACAACUCAAUGCAGAGGAGAUGGUAGCCCCUGGCUCGGCAGUAUAGACCUGCCCUCAUGGAAAGACAACUGAAAGCCUCGUUCCCCAAAAGCUUGCUCUCACCAGGCCUAAGUGGCCAAAGUGUGGUUUCUCCAGGCCUCCUGCUGACACCCCACACAGGCUGGUGUUCCCACUGUCGUGGCUACCACUCUCUGGGUGCCAGUCCUGGGAGGUGGGGGCGAGAGUGGGCGUGGUGAGAGGAAGUGUGGGGCUGUGGGCUUAGGAAGGAAAGCAUCUCUCCCUUACCACCCAGGGCUGCCCACUCCCCACACCUCCAGCCCAGCUUCCCUCCCCUAGUGCAGAGAUCCUAAUCAGAUAAUGAGAAAACGCCAUGGGAGACAAGUCAGAAAGUAGCUGGGGGCCACAAGGCCCAUAGUGGCCCCCCAUCUGAGCCUCUCUACCACCCUGGUUUGCAUCCCCAUUACCCGUCAUCCAGGCCCCAGAACUAGAACUCCUAGUACCCCCACCCCACCGGGCUCUUUGACUCACCCUUCUAGAACAUGGGUACCUCCUCUUUGUGGACUGCUGCCUCUGCUGCUGACUUACUGUGGGAUUCUGGCCCAGCAAUGUCUGUGGCCCUGAGAGCCAGGGAAACGCGCCCUCUCCACAGGACACACUCGUUCAUUAGCAGGCCAGGGCUUUAGACUGAGGCGGUACAUACACCGUGGGCAGGGCAGGGAGCUGGCAGCCAGCAGCUCCUGUGUCCAGGGAGAGUCCAAGGUCCCCCCUCCCUGUCUGGAAGUUGGAGGGGGAGAGCCAGGGCCUUAGCGUGUCCCAGCCCCCACCCCUGUAGAUACUGCCUUAACACCUCCCCACCCUCGGCUGUGGCUGCCACCCAGCCAGGUUUCUCCGCGCUCACUAAUUUAUUUCCAAGAAGGUGUGUGGAAGACAUGAGCCGUGUAUAAUAUUUUUUUUAACAUUUCCAUCGCAGUAUUGACCAUCAUCCUUGGUUGUGUAUCGUGUAACACAAAUAAUGAUAUUAAAAGCAUCAAACAAGCCAGACUCGGCUCCUUACCUGGGCUGUGGGCUGAGGAGGGGAGAAGACCCACCCCUGGAUGCGCAUGCCCCUCUACCUCUGCUUCUUACUGAUGUGUGAGCCUACCUAGUCACAACCUCUCCCAACCGCUGCCUCUCUUCAGCAGUGAAAAGUCUGGCCUCAAGUUUUCUAGGGGCCUUCUGAACUCUUGGGAAAUGGAUAUUUUGAAGGGUUCAAGGCAGGAAGUGGCUGGCUUAGGGAGGAAAUGAAGCCUCUUGUGCAGGGAUGGGGCCAAGGCAAGUGAUAUCAUAAUGGGCACACCCAUCCUGGAAAGGAAGCUGGGUCCAGUGGGAGCAAGAAGGCUGAGGGGGGACACUGAGAGGUCCCCCAGAGGAGGGGUCACAGCAGCUAGGGGCACCUUCCAGGCUGGAGGUGUGGGCUAUCUAUGGGAAGGGGUGGUCACUGAUGUCCAGCAGGAGUCCUUGAUAGGCAGAGCCCACUACCGCAUCCCUGAGACUCCACCAUGUUCCUCUUCUCCCGCAAGACCAAGACCCCCAUAAGCACCUACAGUGACUCCUACAGGGCUCCGACCUCCAUCAAGGAGGUUUAUAAGGACCCACCGCUGUGGGCAUGGGAAGCCAACAAGUUUGUGACCCCAGGUCUGACUCAGACUAUGCACCGCCAUGUGGAUCCUGAGGCCCUUCAGAAGAUGGUCAAAUGUGCUGCACAGGACUACACCUAUAAGAGUUCCAUAUCAGGCCACCCUUACUUGCCUGAGAAAUACUGGCUCUCUCAAGAUGAAGAGGACAAAUGCUGUACAAGCUACCUGGAUAACGACCGUCCCAGCUCGUGGAGGACAGGACCUUACAACAGCUACUGGAGCAAGUAUACCACCUGUCUUCCCCGACUGCCUAAGGAUGCCGGGAUGGAGACAGUAGUACGAGGAAUGCCGUUGGAGUACCCUCCUAAACCGGAACGCCUCAACGCCUACGGAGUGUCUUGCCCUACGGUCACCGGCCCGGAAUGCUAUGUGCUGUUACAACUCCCCCGCAAUCAUACUACCCAUUUCCCAACCUUAGAUGGGACACAAGUCACUUCAAGAAAACUGGUGGUCCCCAGAGAAACAACUAUGUUGUCCAUCCUGAGUUUGUAUCUGAGUCCUGUCCUCUCUACCAUUCCUGGUAAAGCUUUGGCCAGGUCAAGGAAGUGGGUGGAGCAAUAAACUCUCCACCACAAAAACUGCUUCCCGUGUCCUUACGUGGAACAAUCUGGAUGUGAACCUCUCCAAUCAUCUCAGGACACCUCUAAGUGCCCUCCUGAUAUAGCAGUAAUCCAGCUGAUGUCCUCUUCCACAUCACCGCAGAGCCGAGUCCAGCUAGCCAUGCAGAUCUGUGGACUGGAAGACAUUUCCCCCAAAAUACUCAUAAAUGUAGAUUCCUCUCACACCUCAGAUCCCAGGUUUCCAUUCCAACCUCCCAAAUGCUCUCUGCUCAGACACCUUUGCCACCCUCCCCUCCCCAGUCUAAGCGCUACAGACGGAAUUUUGGAAAGACUCAUGAUCAAGAAACUUCAAAUUUUAACAUCUGUUUCUCUGCCCUACAAGGGAGCAGUGGGUGGAGUGU